GGGAAAGUCAGCAGUCAGCAGCGCAGUGGCGGGAACCGCAGCCCGGCGGCCCUGGAAGCUCCCAGCCGGUGGUGUGACUGUGGACUUCUCCCAGGAGGAGGGGCGUUGGAUGGACCCUGCUCAGAGACUGGAUGUUGCAGAAUUCCAGCAGUCUGAUUUCUGGGGCUCACUGAUCACCCCGACCUGCUCACCUGUGCAGCAAAAAGUCCUGAAAGGUAGAGAGAGAGGAGAGAGCAGCCAAGGAUCCAGGCCAGCAAGCCAUCUAUGUAUUCAUUGUUCCUGAAAGACAAACUCAAAGAAGAUCAACAGAAAGAAAUGGCUGAUUCUCCAGUUAAUCUGUCCCAGGGUCUGCUGACAUUCAGGGAUGUGACUGUGGACUUCUCCCAGGAGGAGUGGCAAUGCCUGGACUCAGCUCAGAGGACUUUGUACAUUGAUGUGACGUUGGAGAAUUAUAACAACCUGCUCUGUGUGGAGAACUAUUGCAUAUGUGAUCCUGUCCAUCACCAUGUGAAGACUGAAAAGGAGUCUCGUCAGUGUAAUGAGCUUGGCAAAGUGCUUCAUGACCCCUCCACAUGUGCACUUUAUAGAACAAGUGAAACUACAGAAAACUCCAAUAACUACACAUGCAGUAAUCACAGGGAUGCCUCUGUUGACUCAUCAAACCCACACAGACAUGAAGGCAGGCACACUGGAGAAGAACCUUGCAGAGCUAAAGACUUUGAGAAAUCUUUAAAUUUGUGUUCCAACAUGACUCAAGAUCAGAGAGUCUACACUGCAAAGAAAGAGCACAGGCAGGGAGAAUGUGAUGACUAUUUCACCUCUGCAUACAGUGUUGUGCAGCAAACAAUCUACAUUGGAGAGAAACCUCACCAGUGUGAGGAAUGUGGGAAAUAUUUCAGUAAUGCUAAAAUCCUCUCUGUACACCAGAGAAUUCAUACUGGAAAGAAACCCUACAAGUGCAACGUUUGUGACAAAUCCUUCACCCAGUGCACAAAUCUUAAAACACAUCAAAGACUUCAUACUGGAGAGAGACCUUACGAAUGCAGAGAAUGUGGAAAGUCAUUUCGUCACUUGUCAGCACUUAAAAGCCAUCAGAAAAUGCACACAGGAGAGAAGCCUUACAAGUGUAAGGAAUGUGACAAGUCCUUUUCCCAGUGCUCAAGUCUGAAAACGCAUCAAAGACUCCAUACUGGGGAGAAACCUUAUAAAUGCAAAGAAUGUGGAAAGUCAUUCCGUCAGUCCUCCGCACUCAAAAGCCAUCAGAAAUUGCACACAGGAGAGAAGCCUUACAAAUGUAAGGAAUGUAACAGAUCCUUUGCACACUAUUCUAGUUUCAGGAGACAUCAGAAAAUCCACGGUGUUGAGGAACAUUCUAGUUAUGAAGUAUGUGACAAGGUCUUUCAUCACGGUAGAAACCACUACAGACUCCAUAGUGGAGAGGAGCCUUACAAAUGCAAUGACGCGGAUCCUUCACCCACUAUGAAUGAUUUAGAUGGCAUCAUAAAAAUCAUUCUCUAGAGAUAUUGUAGGAAUGCAAAGAUCAUUGUAAGUCCUUUCAUUAACACCAUGUCUCAAAAAGGCAUUACAGAACCCAUACUGGAGAGAAACCUUAGAAAUGGGAGGUUUGUGACAAAUCCUUCACCCAGGACUCACAUCCUAGAAGACAUCACAGAGUUCAUACUGGAGAGAAACUUUACAGUUUUAAGGAAUGUGGCAGAUCUUUUUCGAGGUGUGCAUAUCUUAGAGCAGAUCAGAAAAUUCAUACUGGAAAGAAACCUUACAAAUGCCAAGACUGACACAUUCUACAUCCAUAUUGCAAGUCUUAGAAGACAUCGGAAAAUUCAUACUAGAGAGAAAAAUACUGUUGUAAAUAAUGUGCCAUAGCAUUUAUCUGGCAUUCUCUGCCUACAAAUCCUAACAGAAUACAUAAUAAAAAUAUAAAGGUAAGAAGCUUGUGAAUGCCUUUAAUGAAGGUCUAAAUCUUAGAAAAACAUCACAAGGUUUAUAUUGAAAUAAAAUUCUUCAAAAGUAA